AUGACUCUCCCUGUCUCUUUCACUCAGACGCAGACGUGCAUUGUGGAGGAAGAAGCAAUCAGGUGUAAGGGUGUGAUGAGCAGUUUUGAAAAAUUUGACGACCGUGUUGAAGAUGGGACAAAUCAGCAGAAAGAGAGCCGCUUUAAAGAUGAGGAUGUGACAAAAACUGGGGGAGGAAUUCAGUCGCUCCUGACUGCUUUGUUUGGUGGUUGGUCAAGCAUUUAA